GUGAACAAAAAGACAAAAUAACAAACGCAGCGACUUAUUGUGUUAGACUUAAAGAGGUGUAACGAGGCUGUUCCGCUCAGGAAGUGUUUGCUAAGGCGUGUGGUUGACAUAUAAAAGGAUUUAUUUGCAUAAUGAGUCUCAAAAGCAGGAAAUUCUCACUGGACAGCAGCUGUCCGUAUGGACCAGCACCAGUUGGCGGGAAGAGAAGCAACAGCCUCACCAGCAGGAAGUCCAGUCUGAAGCAGAGCUUCCAGGAAGCUCCACAGGAGGCUCAGGAGUUAAACCCCAGCCCUGAUCCAAGAAUGCCCCUCAGGGAGAUGAGCCCGACUGAGGAAGUUCUGGACAGAUCAGACGGCCUCAUCAGAAAUCACAGCUUCCAGAAGUACAACAAAAGCUUCCACAAGCUGUUUCCCGAGAUUCCUGAAGAGGAGAACCUGACACACACGUUCACCUGUGCCUUACAAAAGGAGGUUCUGUAUCACGGGAAGCUCUUCGUUUCAGAGCACCAUGUCUGCUUCCACUCGUCUGUGCUGCUCAAAGACACUAAGGUGGUGAUCCCAGUUUUCAGCGUGUCGGAGGUCAAGAAGCAAAACUCGGCUCUGUCUAUGCUGUCUAUCCAAACAUCCUCAGAGAAGUAUUCAUUUGUGUCUUUGAGAAACCGAGAGAUGUGUUACAGACUGCUCCAGAAUGUCUGCUCACAUGCACAGGAGAGUGCAAACAGCAGCCCCACCCCCUCCUCCACAGAAAAUGAAGGUGAUCAUGACAGGGUCUCUGGUCAUUACAGUUUAGAUGAUAGUCUAGAUCCAGAUGUCAACAGCCUCUGUCUCGACAGCAUCUUCCCUGAUGACUCUAGUAAAGCCACUUGCAGAUGCAGUUCCCCUCAUCCCAACAGCCCAACAGAUGCAGACCAUAGAGAUAUUUUGUGGAUCUGGAGGCUGGUGGAAAAAAUGACGGCGUUAUUUCUAAGAGAAGCAAAGAAUUUGAGCGCCAUCUGCUACAUCUUCAUCACACUACUCUUGCUGAUGGUGGUGGCGUCUGGGUACAUCGGGCUGAAGAUCACGGCUCUGGAGGAGCAGCUGAACUUUUUGGGAGCCAUAAAUGAUUUGACUUCACACUACACAGAGUUUAAAGAAACAUAGCCAAAGGCGGCAGCAAGCUGACUAACGCUUUUUCAAUCCUGGGCAUUUUGAUGCAGCAUGAUUCAAGUGAGAUGGUCUUAAAUGUUGUUCCAAACUGCAAACAUUUUUUUAAGUUGGAAUAUAAACCUCUGGUAUAAGAGGGUUUUUCUUCUUUACCAUAAAUGGUCUUGACCAGGUCACAUGAAGGAAAACAGAUGGUACUAGCAGAAAGGCUGCAGGACAGCGUUUUCAGUUUGGACCAAUCAAAUAAAGACUUUAUACCAAAGCAUCUUCACUGUCUUUACAUGUUUUUCAACUAUUGUGCUGACUCAUUCUAAAUGUUGAAAAAAUGUAACAAAGUAAACUUAAGAUGCAGUGACAAGAACUCACCAGAAGAGGGCACUCCACCCCAACAAAUUCAAUUGAAUACAGGUUAAUUUCACUACUUUUCUCCCUAACAUUUUGUUUUGGUGCAUGAUUCUUGUUUUUAUAGCGCAUGAACUUAUAUUUAUUAAGUGUUUUGAGUUUAUUCUGUACCGCCACCUUUGACUUCUUGUAAUAUAGCUUUUUUUUUUUUUUUUUUAGAAAACAAUCAAAAUAAAUGUUUCAAAUUAAAACGUGUUUUGUACAUAAGUGAUUUUAUUGUUGUCCAUAAAAAGGUCAAGAUUCAAUCCCAUGAAUUUAAUUACAUCAUAUUUUCAGUUCAAAGAAAGCAACAUAAAAUUACAAAUCAUAAAACAAAUAGAAUAGGUAAGUACAAUAACCAUAUAAACAGUCCACUAGUAAUGUCUAGAUCCCCCCCGCCCACUGUUUCAUAACUGCCCCACUCAAGCUCUAGCACAAAAACCAACAAUACAUCAGUUAGUAUUAGCAUUUUAAAAAAAAAAAAAUCUCACAAGUCCCUUUUUUUUUCGUUUUGUUUCUUUUCUUACAAAAAAAAGCGCUUCACUGCUCCGACAGCAUGAGUUCAGCUUUACCCUCACAUAGACUACACAAUACAUAAUGUCUCAUCAUUUGCUCUGCAAAAACACAAUAGACAUGCAUACAGUUUUUACUGCGCAAGCCCCCUCCCUCCCACCCCUUCAAUACACAUUCAAGGCCAGAGAAUACAAUAUAUGUCAACCUUAGUGGUGCAUUAAUAAAACAGUACGAUCCGCCCAGUUUCUUUGACCCCGUGACUGAAUGAGAAAGUCCAUUUGUUUUCCCUGAUAAGCUGUCCAGGAAAAAGGGAGAACGACCCUCAACUUUUUUCAGAGCGAGAAGCUCACUCUCUAUUAUUUUAUUCCCCCAAACGGCUCAGAUCCUUUCAGAAACACAGUUUUUUUCUUCUUUUUUUUAAAGAUAGACACAAAGCACACAUGAUGAAAACAUUUCCUGCUCAAGAAGAUGACAGGACGUGAGUGAGUGGUGUAAUGAGCCUCUCGUACUCCCAAAAAUGGAGUAACCAGAAACAGUGUUAGUUUUUUCUAUUUUUUUUUUUUUUCAAAGAUGUUCCCUUUCACAAAACACAGCCACUACCACUGGAACGGAUCAGUCUCCUGUGUCACAACCGGUAGUUAGUUUGAUUUACUCUCAGAACCUAUUAGUCCUUAUCAACACAACAAUCUCCCUUGUAGAAACACAGUUCUAGCAAAAAAAAAGGAGAAAAAAAAA